AUGCAGAUGUCUGUGCACGGGCUGGGCGGCUCAGAGGCGGCAGCGCUACGGGCUGCAGAAGACUCAACGGCAUGCACAAUUCCAACAACGCCUGAUUGGUUCUCAACUGUGUCGGGCUGCAACUCAAUUUCGAGUUUCUCAUACUUGCGCAGUGGUAAUUGCAAGUCCACCGAAUGGAAAGCGACUCUCCCUAGCUGCAUGGAUGGUUCCCCGGGGACACUCAUAGUCGCAUACGGAGCCGACACUCAAGGCAGCAGCACCGACAGAAUGGAUAUUUUGGUGGACGGUGGCGUCGUCGCGACAAUUUUCAAUAGUCAUAGUUGCUCGACAUCGCAGUGUCAGGCCUCAGUGCCUUGGAGCCCAUCAAAUGUAGAGCUGCGUGUCGUGGCCGUCAGUUCGACUUCUGCUUACUAUGCACACAUGGUCCUCUGGACUAUGACGUUCGAGGAGGAACCAUCGCCCCCGACGCCCAGCCCCACGCCCAGCCCGACGGCCAGCCCCACGCCCAACCCGACGGCCAGCCCCACGCCCAACCCGACGCCCAGCCCCACGUCCAGCCCCACGCCUGGCCCCACGCUUAGCCCCACGUCCAGUCCGACGCCCAGCCCCACGCCCAGUCCCACGUCCCUCCCGCCGCCCAGCCCGCCAGCCAGCCCGGCGACCUCAGUCUCCGGCACGGGCGACCCUCACCUGGUCAACGUGCACGGACAGAGGUUUGAUCUCUACCAACCUGGGGUACAUUCGCUCAUCCGUAUCCCGAAGUCGCUGCAAAAGAGGAAUGCGCUUCUCGUGCGGGCGAGAGCGAGUCGCUUGGGGGCCAAGUGCACCGACCUAUAUUUCACGGAGAUCAAUGUUACAGGCACGUGGGCCCGACAUCUCCGACCGGCAGAUCGGACGUGGGUUGCCGAGGACGCCGCGUCUCGCCGCCCGAGAUGGCACAGGUUCAGCCAGGUCAGCAUAAAGGUUGUACACGGCCAUACCAUGCUUGGAACAAGGUACUUGAACGUGUUCGUGAGGGGCCUGAACAGUUCCAAAUUCCAGAUUGGCGGCCUCCUCGGGGAGGACGACCACACGGUUGCGAGCACGGCGAGCGCGAACUGCAAGAAGUCCAUCACGUUCUGA